GGUAUUCGUGUAGUUUUCCGGCGGAGCAAGCGUCCUCGUCGGUUAAAGUCCGUGAAGUAGCACCCACCGUCAGUAACGUGUUAGUUUUAGUACUGCGUAGCUAGGUCUCCCAGACGCAUCUCGCCAUGGUUGAAGAAAGGCAGCCAGCACCGCGUUUAACUGCUCACAGACAUUACGCGAAAUAAUCCAAACAUCCUUUCACUGAGUCUUAAGCCUCCCAUUUGCUAAGGGUGAAGAGCAUCUCAGAUCAACAGCCAGCGUGGCUAACCUGAGGUAUGAGUAACAUUAAAAAAAAGCCAUGGGCACAUCAACAACAUGCCUCCAGCCCCAAUGUUACUACGUUUCACUGAACAAGAUACAGGAAUACAUGUGCAGCAAGGAAAAUAGAACAAGAUACCACUGCUCAUCUGGCAAACAGGGACUUGGAGGGGUGAAUAAAAGAUAAUAUCAUUGAACCAUUUUUAGAGACACCAGAUGUAAGGAUGAAUGAUGUUACUGCUGGUACCCCAGAGGAGAACGUUGUUGCACCAGCUAAGCUGAGGUGAGGCAUGCCUUGGGAAGCAGGAGGGUUCCAAAAGACUCGGUUUCAGAGAGAUCAUGCUCACUCUGCAGUAGCUCUCUGUUCUCCUUGACACCGGGAAAGCUAAAAGUUGAAGCAAGAGGUGAACCAGAAGAGGAGUCCCGAUAGAUCAUGCAGAUAAAAACUACAUAGAGUGAGAAUUCAAAGCUGUACUCUUUGGGAAGUUCCUUAUUGCUGCCAGUAAAGAACAUUUUUUUCUUCUCCCUCUGGCCAAUGUUUUUUUCUGGUGGACAUCAUCCAAUAUUUAAAGGAUUUAGUCUUAAGAAGUCAGGAAACAGCAUGUCUUUUGGGAAACCAUCAUCCAACUUAAGGGAGAAGAAGAUUUUGAAAACCACUCAGAUCAGUUGCAGGAUGUAUUUUCCUCCUUCCUCCCCUCUUUAACCAGCCAAUGGGGUGACGAUGUGUUCAAGUGGCUGUAUUUGUAUUGUAUAUCUCUUCUGAAAGUAACACAGGCACUUAGCUUUUUGCUAAGCUUUAUAAAACAUGUAUUUAACAUGCUUUUUCACAACCUGUUUUUUUUUUUAAGCUUUAGACUACAGUAACAGUAUGUUUAACUCCACUUGACGGCGAUAUAAAUAUAAAAAGUAUGGGGCUAGUUUUAUUCUGUUAAUUAUAUUAGCUCUAGCUUUAGCUGUUUUAAAAGCUUGUCAGACUAUAGCCUUCUUUUCAGGCAUUUAUAAGUAUUCAAUCAAGUUUGACUCAGGUGGUCCUAAAUGGUCAAGGAGGCUUAAAUUUUUCACUAGAUUUGGAAAAUGAUCACUUGCAUGCCUGUAUUUUUUUUUUGCAAAAUGAAGACCUUUCACGUAAUCAGAGCAUACAAAUUAGAAAUUGAAGGUAAGCCAACAGGACAAUGUAUACGCUCUUCUGGCAGCUGCUGCUAUUGCCAUCAUCUAGGAACAGAUGCUGCAGGCUUGUGACUGACUGUAAGUGAAGGAAAUUCAAGCUGUGAGCAAGUCUGGCAUUGAUGGGUGAGAUAUCCAUUGCGCUAAAGUGUCUUAUUAUGGCUCUGUUUUUAAUAAUAAGUUAUAUGCUCAGAGAAGGUAAUAUUAAUUGGGAAUUUGGGAUGCUUCAGGACUGGAUAUUCAACCCACAUCCUCUCUCCUCCUCUGGUAAUUAAAUAAUUGUAGAGGUUAUACAUACAAACACAAGGGUGAUUCCUGCUACAGAACUUGGACAGCAUGGGGUACAGUUCUUAACUGUGACAGUGUGUGUGACACGAAGUGUGCAGGCCAAGGCCGAUAAAAGGGCUUAGACGAAUAAUUCCUAUGGGAGUGUAAUGAAUGCUAGACACUUGCAUUUCAUUGCAGAUUUGUCCUUUAAUCUGUUUGUGUCCAUUUACUUUGUUUGAAAUAAGGGUGGUAUUUCUCUCCCAUGCUAGCAGUUUUGCUUUUUUUUUUUUAAGCUCUUCAUUAAGGCCUUUUUUUUCACCAAGAUGUGGAGUGACCAGUAGUAUCCUAGUCUAAGUGGACAGUAAGAUAAUACACAAUAAUCUGUAGCGGUAGUGAUAAUCACCACCCCCAGCCACAGAAGAGUGUAAAGAUAAGAGCUUUCUGUUCUAUGAUAGAAACAUAUUUAUUUCACUGACAGGGAGUGGAGGAGAAACUAGAAUUACAAGCCUUUCCCAGAAAACACAGGGUUCCCAUUACAAACCUGUUGUAGCUUCUGAUGGUGGUCUUAGGUGUCUAAGUUCUCUGUGUCUAUCAAACAGUAAAUGACUGGGGGGAAACAAACUGGGAAUGUUUUUGAAUUCAUAUGACUCAAAGGCAAAUAAUUUUGGAGUUUGGAUUUUAGUGUUUCAUAUAGUGAAUAAAUCACUCAUGACAAUUUUACUGCAUCAGUUUUAUGCAAAAAAUAAAUAGUAAUCAUGUCCAGAUGUCUUACCUUAUUUCAAAACUUCUAUUUUUUUCCUGAUUAAAAAGUAAAAAGUUAGAGGGAAUAGGUCCUGCAGAAAGGUUAAAUCUCAGUUAAGUAUAAUUUGUGAAUUUAAGGCAUGUUCUUUCUGUUCCUUGUAUGAUAUCAGAAAGAUGUACUACGGAAAAAAAAAAAAAAAAGCUCUGUAUUUAAAUGUGGUGUCCAGGAAGGAAAAAGCAAAGCUAGACAAAACAUCCAAAAUAAAACAUUUUUCAAAUAUUGUACCUACUUAACCAAGCAAUGAAUGAAGAAAAUUACAGUAGUUAACUUGUAUCCACUUGGUGAAACUCUUCAAAUAUUUCAGUAACCAUGUAAUGAGGAUUUAGGGAAAUACAUACAGUUGAUGUGAAACUGCUUACUUCAACUGUAGCGUUCUUCAAUAUUUAGCUUUGGUAAUUAGGCAAGCAAGCCACAGUUUUACCAAUAUUAAAAUUACUGAUUUUUAAGUAUGAUUUUUUUUCCUUCUGAUUGGGGAAAGUUACCAUAAGAGAGAUCUUCAUCUGGCUUCUCAUGCAAUAGCUCAGUAGCAACUUGGUGGCUUCUUUACUUCUCUCUAGGUAAUGUUUUACUUUUAAAAAUGAAGGCUUCAGAGACCCAACUGGAAAUGGAAACUAUAUUCCAUAACCACCAGUUAGCAUGCUUGAGACAGUAGCAGGCUGCUGUACCAGCUCGUAGAGGUUAUUUUUUCCUCAAAUGUGAAAGGAAAAAAGCAUGCACAGAGCCUUUGAGUUCUACAGCUUCUGAGUAAAAACCAUUGAGUCAUUCCACUGUUUGUCUGGUCUACACAGAUUACAUGGUUUAGAGUAAUUAGUGUCCUAGUGCAUAUUGGUCAUCUUACUGGCAUUUCUGUUCUUAGCUGGUUUCUCUGAAGUCUACUGAAAGCAAGCUAAGAAAAUCAACUGCUUAUUUUUGUUUGAAUUCAGAACUUAGAUUUGCUACAAACCUGUGAAUGAGAACCAGUACAUGAGGAGCUUUGCUGAGCUGAGUUCUGAACCUGACCUGUUGCAGCUGUUCCUUGGGAAUAUGUGCUUGACUGGGGAGGAAAUUUUUUCUUUGCAUGGAAUACCGAACAACAGUCGUAUAUCAAAUUCAGACUUCUCUACAAUAUGUCCUGCUGUUUUGCAACAGCUAAUUUUUCACCCGUGUGAUCAUCAGGAAAACUUUGUGGAUACAUCUAAACCACAUUCUUUACAAGUUUGGGGAUUUGGGUUCCUGGCUGUGACUAUCAUUAACUUGGCAUCACUCCUGGGAUUGAUUUUAACUCCUCUCUUAAAAAAGUCAUACUUCCCCAAGAUUCUAACCUACUUUGUGGGCUUGGCCAUCGGUACUCUCUUUUCUAAUGCAAUUUUCCAGCUCAUUCCAGAGGCAUUUGGAUUUGACCCCAAAGUAGAUAACUAUAUUGAGAAAGCUGUUGCUGUGUUUGGUGGAUUCUAUAUUCUCUUCUUUGUGGAAAGGAUUCUGAAAGUGAUAUUGAAGAUCUAUAACCAGACUGGCCAUAAUGACUUAGGAAAUGGUGAACAGAAUCAAUGUCAGGAUAAGGCUAACCCACACAAACCACCAUCAUCCAGCAAUGGGGUGACCUGUUACGCAAACUCAGCCGUCAUAGAGAACAAUGGAAAUCUUGGUUUUGACAGCAUCAGUGUGGUCUCAGCACAGGAGGAAGCAACCCAAGGCAACUUAUGUAAAUGUCUCGGUGGGCACCCACUGUCAACGAUUGGAACUAUUGCUUGGAUGGUAACACUGAGUGAUGCCGUACAUAAUUUCAUAGAUGGUUUGGCAAUUGGUGCUUCUUUCACUUUGUCUCUGUUUCAAGGGCUGAGUACCUCCAUAGCCAUCUUGUGUGAAGAGUUUCCUCAUGAGCUGGGGGAUUUUGUCAUCUUGCUUAGUGCAGGAAUGAGUACUCGGCAGGCUCUGUUUUUCAACUUUCUGUCUGCAUGUUCCUGUUAUAUUGGGAUGGCUUUCGGUAUAUUAGUAGGCAACAACUUUGCUCCUAACAUCAUCUUUGCAGUAGCUGGUGGAAUGUUCCUGUAUAUCUCUCUGGCAGAUAUGUUCCCAGAGAUGAAUGAUAUGCUGAGAGAGAAAGUGACAGGAAGAAAGAUGGAUCUUACAUUCUUCCUUAUUCAGAAUGCUGGUUUACUAACGGGGUUUGCUGCUAUACUGUUGAUUACCUUGUACGCAGGAAAUAUUCAGCUGUGAUAAUGGAAGUGAAAAUGGAAUCGGUAUUGAAGGCAUCAAAUAAACUACGAAUGGAAGACACUUGAAAUCCAUAAAGGGACAUUUAUUCAAUCUUCUUGGUUUUGAAACAUUGACAAGUCUUAUUUCCCCAUUCCAAAUUCAGGAAAUUCUUUUAGGACUUUCAAUUAAUCCAAAUACUAGGAGCUGUUGACUUUUACACUCUACUAAGGAACCAAUUCUCGUAUUUGUGUUUCUACUUAAAAUUAUCAGACAUACCCGAACUGUUACAGAGAAAGGGUGUUACUUGGCCAGUAGAAGUAGGCAGUACAUGCAAGUACAUACAACUCAGACCAAAUGAAAGCUGAGGUCUUCAAGGAAGAUUCUCACUUGAAAGAAAAUAAUGAAGUCUCUUUUUAAACUGUGAUGAAAGCAAGCAGUUUCAAAGCUGGUUAAUUUUCAUGACUUCUGUUGCAGGAUUUGCCUGUGUAAUAUUCCCUUCCCCCAUCAAAAAAAAAAAAAUCAAACUAUUUCAAAGUAGGUACUAAUGAAGCUAAGAUUUUUAAUUACUAAUUAACACUGGAAGGAAAGAUACCAGUUACUGCUUUUGAUCUUUUCUCUUUAUGUGUGCACUAGGGAAUUGUUGAUUUAUUUUGAGAACCACUUUUUUUAAUUAGAGGGAACCUGUGUUAAAAUUAUGACAAUUUAUCAACUCCAUAAUGUUUCAGAAACAUUGAGUAUUUAAAAAUUUUUCAAGUAUUUUAUAUUCUAUGAAAACAAUCUUGUUUUAUAUACAAGUUCCACAGAUAUUCCUCUUAAAAAAAAAUCAGUAUUUUGGGUUAAAAUUUUGAAAGAAUGUAUUGUUAGUUGUACAAAGCGGAACUUAAAGGAAAAAAUGCUAAAAAUCAACAUUCCAGGAAGCUUUUUUUUGUAAUUUCAAUAGUUUUCUCGUGUGCAGUUGGGUGAAAGUUAAGCGUUACUAAAAUAUACAAACUUUUAUUGCAGUCUGUUGCAUAUGAACUUUCUGAAGUCAUGCUUAUAUGUUUGAAUUCUUCUGAAAUAAACAAUUUAGCUACUGUGCUGUUGUAAGAUGUGUGCAAGGAAAUUCAUGCAAAUAUAUCCUAUUUCAGUCACUGCUAAGUUUUGAAAGAAGUGUUACUAUUCUGUAGUCAAUUACUUUUAUUUGCAUUGUUUUUUAUGGAAGCUUUACAACUUCAAGGAAUAUACAGUUUCUUAACGUAUUUCUUGCCAGUCAAAAGGGACAAAACCUUUAUUUUUUAUUUCACUAUUAAAAUAUAUUUUCUAUAAGGUAAAUGAUUUAUUUAAAUUUUUAUUUGAAUCUUAUCUGUAAUUAUGUUAGAAAAAAUAACUUUCUAAGUGCCUUGAUUAAAAAAAAGGCAUUUUUUAAAGGCAAACUACACAGGAAUAGUAAAUGAUACUUAAUUUAAAAUGUGUUAUAAUCUUUAAUAUGUAAUUAUAGUAAUCUAUGUUAUUUACUAUAUGGAAAAACAUUUAUUAGUCACCUUAUGCCCUCUGAGUUUCUGUGAAGAAGAGUCCACACACUCCAUAUUCUUUCCUUCAAUCCUUUCUUUUGUUGAUUCCUUGGAUAUAAGCUGCUUGUAAAUGCUACUCGUGUCCCAAGAAUGUAUUGUAGUAACUAUGAAUGCUCAGUAACUUUUAAAAGUUAUUUGAUUAUUCCUAGUUCAUCAGGUUAUUAUAAUAAUAUGUUGGCAUGGAACGUUUAAACCUUAAAUCC